GCCGCCCGGAGCAGCUGCGGUGCUCUGCCAUAUUGUGUCUUCCUUUGACCGUCCCUCGCCUCACCGCUGCGCGGCCGAGCUGACGUGUUUACCUCUGCCCUCCAGGCCUCUUUGCUGAAAAGGUGAGAGGUCGUGAGGACGCGUGCGAGGCCCUUCAGCCUUCCGAGUUCGCCCCAUCGCAGCAACAGCCAGUCUGGAACCCGGGAGAACGGGGACCGAGCGGGGAAAGCGCCCCAUGAUUGUAAAGGUAAAUGGGUCCAGUAAUUGGAAUGACUCCAGAAAAGAGAGCUGAAACUCCAGGAACUGAAAAAGUUGCAGGAUUAAGCCAGAUUUACAAAAUGGGGAGUUUACCUGAAGCUGUUGAUGCUGCCAGACUAAAGGCCACUCUAGUGAAUAGUGAUUCAGCAGAUGAUGAACUUACAAACUUGAAUUGGCUUCAUGAAAGUACAAAUCUUCUAACAAACUUCAGCUUUGGAAGUGAAGGCCUUCCAAUUGUUAGUCCAUUGUAUGACAUAGAGGGAGACGAAGUGCCAUCAUUUGGACCAUCUUGCUACCAGAAUGCAGAAAAAAAGUCAGCAACUUCAAAGCCUCCAUACUCUUUUAGUCUUCUCAUUUAUAUGGCUAUUGAACAUUCUCCUAAUAAAUGUUUGCCUGUCAAAGAAAUUUAUAGCUGGAUUUUGGAUCGGUUUCCAUAUUUUGCUACUGCACCAACGGGCUGGAAGAAUUCUGUUCGACAUAAUCUGUCCCUAAAUAAAUGUUUUCAGAAAGUGGAAAGAAGCCAUGGCAAGGUUAAUGGAAAAGGUUCCUUAUGGUGUGUUGAUCCAGAGUAUAAACCCAAUCUUAUGCAGGCACUGAAGAAGCAACCUUUUUCCUCAGCUUUAACAUUUUACACCCCUACUGCAUCUCCACAAAGUGGCUCUUUAUCUCCACAUUACUUAAGCUCUGUACUUAAGCAGAACCAGGUGCGAAACCUCAAAGAAUCUGAUAUUGAUGCUGCCACUGCAAUGAUGCUUUUAAAUACUUCUAUAGAACAAGGAAUUUUAGAAUGUGAGAAGCCUCUUCCUCUUAAAACAGUAAUGCAAAAAAAGAGAAGUUAUGGCAAUGCAUUCAAUCAUCCCAGUACCGUGCGAUUACAAGAGAAUGAUUCAUUAGUCACCAGCAUUGAUCCAAAAGAAGACCAUAAUUACAGUGCAAGUAGCAUGGCAGCACAGCGUUGUGCAUCCAGGUCUAGUGUAUCUUCCUUGUCUUCUGUGGAUGAAGUAUAUGAAUUUAUCCCAAAGAAUAGCCAUGUGGGAAGUGAUGGUAGUGAAGGGUUUCAUAGUGAAGAAGAUACAGACGUUGAAUAUGAAGAUGAUCCUCUUGGAGAUAGUGGCUAUGCAUCACAGGCUUGUGCAAAUGCCUCUGAAAAAGGGCAGCCAGGCAAAAAGAUGCAAAAACGGUCAUGUCAAGAAAUUGAUGAGGAGCUCAAAGAGGCAGCUGGAUCUCUGCUCCACCUUGCUGGAAUUCGUACAUGUCUGGGUUCCCUAAUAAGUACUGCAAAGGCACAAAACCAGAAGCAGCGGAAAAAAUAGAAGUACUUAUUAGUGUGAAAUUAAUUUAAAGUGUGGCAAUACUCUUCUACUUAAUUCUUUACAAGGGAUAUCAAAGCCAUAAUGGACUUCCUUUGUUUUAGGGUGGGAAGGGAUGCUAAUAACUUGUUUCUUUCAAAACAUUUUGUUUAUUUGUUUUAAAAUUGCUGUUUAGGAUCAUGCCCAACCAUAAAUAUGAUGUGAAGUCCUAAAAGCAUAAUUUUUGUGAUAAGUGUCCACAAAGUUUGGAAAUUUUUAUAGAAAAAAGUGUCCAGCUUUUGUCUUAAACUUGUAGGGAAAAUCUUUUAUUAAUCUAUCAAAAUGUAAGUAUUGAAAGCUCUGAUUUUUUUCAUUUUCUUUUCCAACCUGUAAUUAGUUGCUGAUUAGCUAAAUUUGUUCCUGAUGUAUUUCUCAUAUAUGCCUCUCUUGACACAUAAUCCGAUAGGAUAAGAUUUAAAUUUUUUAUUUUGUCUUAAAUUUUGUUUUUAAUUAUUCUUGUUGAGGCCUCAACAUAGUUAAAUAUAUAUUGGAAAGUCAUAGGUGCCUAGAAAGUUCCAUUUGGUUACAGAGGCAGGGAAUACAGCUAAAUUCUAAGAUUUAGAAAAGGGAAUUUUGCAAUGUAAUUUAAUCUGAGAAUACUCUAAUUCCUAUUACAAUGUUAUCUUUAUUAUUACUAUUUUACCUCCCAGUUGCAUAGCAUUUGUUGGAUCCUUUUGUUUUUUUCCCCAAACUGCUUUGCAACCAUUGUUUAAAUUUUAGAUACUAGCUGUCUUUGUUCAAUAUAAACUUUCCAAGGAGAAUAUAGCCAUAAUAUGUUAUGGAGUUAACACCCAUUAUGACACACUAUUUUGCAAUAAGAGAAUCAUUCCCUUGCUUGUUAAAUGUACUGCAUUUUACUUGUAAUAGGAAUUGAGUAUAAUCUAAUAAACAUUUUGAAUGCUUAUAUCAUUAUAAGUGACAGUAGGUCAUUAAAGAAAAUAUAUCAGUCCAAGUUUUAUGUUAGUUAAAUUUGUAUGCAAAAGUAAAUUUAUAAAAACUAUAUUGACAAUAUACCUUCACAGAUUUCAAAGUUCAUAAAAAUUAGACCUCACACAAUCUAUCAUUCUGAGGAGGCAGUAUAAUUAGUACCUACUAUAUGCCAUCAUUCCAUGCUAAAAGAUUUUAUUACUGUUCCAAAAUUGAUUUGAAUAUGGUAUUUUUAAGUAUUCAUAACAAAUAUGCCUGAAUAAGACAUUUUCUUAUAUCAUUUGUAGAAUGCAUAUCAUAAAGAAUAAGGUAUACUAUUAAAACUAAAUUUGUUCAUUAUAUGUAUUUUUUACAAUGGUGAAAGCAACUUUCCAAAAAUGUAAUAGUAUCUCAUACUACAUCCUUUUUCAUAGACAAUGACCUUGUUUUAAUUUUUUCUGUUAAUUUUAUUUUUACAUACAUAUAUAUGUAUACACAUACAAACAGGAUCAUGAUUUUGGUUGUUACCUUCAACUUGUUCCUAUGACCACAGUGCUUUUUUUUUUUUUUUAAGAGACAAAUAUUUUUAUUUGACUUCUAAAAUUCAUUUGGGCAAAACUGUCAAAUGAGAAGCAUAAUGAAAAUGUCUUUUAGCUGGCAAACUUUAAGCUAGGGACAACAUUAAUAUAAUCUGUCUUGGUUCCAUGUUAAUUAUAAUUGAAACUGGAUAGCCACAAUUAAUCAAAAUUGGUGCUUUUGAAAUAGUUUCUGAUUUGUAAAUAAUGAAAAACUUCUUAAGUAUGAAGGAUGAAGUAUUUCGAUUUUCUUGCUCUUCAUGUGUUACAUGUAAUACAGAAAUGGCUACUCCAAGUUAGAAUCUUUUACUGUAGGGAGUAUUUAACAGCAAAAUUAUUGCUUUUACCAUAGUAUGAAACAGCAAAAAGAUCACAAUAAUAAUAUUUUUAAGCUAUUUGCCAUGGUCCUCUGCAUAGACCUUAGUAACAGUGUUUCAAUGAUCUGGUUCCAGUUUAUAUUGUUCUACUGAAAUUCUAUACCACAAAUGUUCUCUUUUCAUGACUAUUAUGUAAUUACUUUUUAUAAGUAAAGGUGAAUAAGGAGGCAGAGAGUUCUCAAUUCUAGUAGGAAUCUCAAAAUGAUUUUGUUGUAAUAUAAAUAGCCAAAACUCUAAACUAUGUUUUCUCUCCUUGUAUUCUUCCCAUAAAUUUAAAAGUUUAAAUUAUAUUCAUCACUAGCAAGACUAUAAGGACUUUUGGAUUAAGCGCUAACAGGAAAAAGUUAAACAAUAUUUUAUAUGUAAUUCAUAUACAAAAUUUAGUGCAUCACUUUUAUUUGGUAUUAUAUUAAGGUAGUUAUGUUGAAGGGGAAGAAAGAAUUCUCUUAAUUGUGGCACUCUAUUACUACUUUCAUGGAUAUUAUGGCCCCGUUCUUCAGGUGUGUUGAGAUUAAAAACAUAGCUAAUAACCACUCAAUUAAGGAAAUUCAUUCUAAGUUCUAUGAACUGGAAGUUGUAUUUAACAGUUUAUUGUAACAAAACAACUUGGUAACCCUAGAUAGGUAUUAUGUUCCAAUAUAUCUUAAAACUGGGAUUUAAGCUUACAUACAAUUUGCCUUACAUCAAAAUAUAAAUUGUACUUUGACCCAUUCUGGUUUUUAAUGAAUCCUUAGUAAAACUUUGAUCCACCCCAAUCUUCAUCUUUUGUACCCCAAUUAGGAUCAGUGUUUUUUGAAUAUAUAUUUUUGAAAUUUAUUUGUGCAAUAUAUUACUCAAUUAGUUAAUGUUUUACUUUUCAAAUUCAGAGAAAGAAAACUGUACUUGUAUUCAUGGAAAAGAUAAUUAUUGGUAGAUCACCUCCUUUUUUCCAACUUGGAACUUUUCCCUGUCCUUACGGCCAGCAUGACUUAAUUUUGAUUCCUUUGUAUAUAGUAAAGUUUAAAGUUGUUUUUUUUUUUUUUCCUUUUGCUACUGUGAGGCAUUCUGUAAAAGGUUCAUAUUAGAUUAUCAGUUAAAUAUAUGUUAGUGCCAAUUCAAGGCAAGAGGAAGUGUUAAGAAUGUGUAAGUCUUGACAGACCAGGAGGCCUUUCUCUGCAAUUUAAGUAACAGAUGUGAAAACUUCACAAAGCUGUAAAGACCAUUGUCUUAAGUAUUACGGUAACUUAGCCAUUUGUGAAGAACAAAGCAUUUGAUUAAGAAACUUUGAGGCUUUCGCAUAAACAUAUAUUUUAGUUUUUAGUUCAAAAUGUGUAAGCUUUGGAAGUUUAUUUCAAUGUGUUAAUGAUGAAGUCAAAAUAUUUAUUGAAAGACAGAUAAAGGUAUUUUAAUGUUAAACCUGCCAUUUGUUUUUCUUGAAGCACAUUCUUUGCAUCUAACUGCCAGUGCCAUUGUCAAAACUUGUUUUAAAAUUGUACAUUUCUUAUUAAACUGAGUGCUUAAUUUUAAAGUAUUAUGUUGCCACCAUA